GCCUUCUGAGCAGCCGCGGCGCCAGCAAGCUCAGCGGCGCGAGCCUCCCGGCGGCCGGCCGCACCGGCAGCCGCCCCGCGACGGGCCAGGAGAGUCCAGGCUCGUCGAUCGCCUUGGGCGCGCAGUUCUUCAACCGCCGCAACCCGAACCAGCCAAGGACGAACAUGCAGCUCAUCUUCAAUGCCCUCCGCCUCGCCAUGGCCGACCCCUGCGCGAACGAGAAGUUCUUGUCGGACUCCAUCGACCUUUUCGAGACCGCGUCCAAGGACGUCCGGACCUCCCGGUCGGGGCUCGCGCUCGUGCACCGGGCCAAGGCUCUCAGGUCGCUGUGGGAGUGGCGCCGGAGCUGCGCGCAGGCGCGCGCCGAGCUCGCACAGGCGCACCAG